AAAAUGGAACCCUAACCCACUAUCCCUCUAUCUCUCAGCAACCAACAGCAGCAGCCACUGCCUCCGUCGCCGCCGAACUCUUCUCGUCAGCCAAAGGGUGCCGUUGCGCCGGCAGUGACGGACAGAGGGUCAGAUCGAAGUCCUUGGCCGUCGAUCCUCUUCUCCUUCACGCCAUCACCUCUGUACUUGCAUGUCGAAGCUCGUUGCCGUCUUCUACUCUUCUCUACAUCGUCGUCGUGGUUGUGGACUUGUAGAUCGAGGAGCUGUCAGUUUGAAUCCUAUCCUCGUCUCUAUCUCGCCGUUCUACCCUCCCCGGCAAAUGAGUUUCGUUCCUCCCUCGUCUUGGUCUCUGUCUUUGUCUCGCCAUUCCUCCCUCGUCUCUGUUUCUGUCUCACCGUUCCUCCUUUGCUAGCAUUACUUGACCGGUUUAAUGACCGGUUCGAUUUUCACAACCUUGGCGAAAACCACUACUGGAGAAGAAAACAAGAAUAGAGACUGUGAAAGCAAAAAUGAAGAAGACAAUGGUAACAAAGAAGGAGAAGCCGCACUAUAACAAAACUCACAAUCUCAGAUGUCAGACUAAGGCAAUAGCAACAGUGUUCAAGAAUUUGAGUCUGGAAAAGAAAGAUAUAGUUGAAGAAAUGGGAUUCGGUGCACUGGCACAUGUCCCGGAAAUGAACAUCUCUCACGCCCUCUUGAGAGAGUUGAUAGCUUGCUAUGAUGACUAUUAUGGAUGCCUGAACACUUUCCACGGAAAAAUAUACAUAACACCUGAUAAGGUAGCAGCUGCGCUGGGCAUAAAUCACGGUGUUGACUACGGUAGACUGAAUGAGGCAGACAAGCAAAUUAUUGAUGGCUUCAAAUGUGUUAUGUUAGCUUCUUUGAUAAAAUCUGUCCUCGAAAUGAGUAUUGAUGGGGAGGAGAACCGGCAGAAAUUUUGGAGAACUUUUGUUGUCUUCGUCCAGAAGAGUUCCUACUACCGACAACGGUAAGCAUGGUCUCCCCAAUCCAUAAGCAGCCUGCCCUUCGUGUGGACAACAUUCGACAGUGGGAUUGGACAAAUCAUGUCCUCAGCUUCUUGAGGAAGGGCAUUGAAAAUGGGAGAAAGGGGAAGAAACAGUCCAUUGAUGGCUGUGUGUUUGUUUUGAUGCUGAUUUAUUUCCAUGAAGCUAAGUUCCCUUGCUUGGAUGCAGCUGAUACUCCAGGGCCACCGUGGGUGGCCCACUAGACACUGAAGAUGAUGCUUGAUUAGAUUUCUCAGGAAGUAACUGAUA